UUUAAAGACGUCGAUUAUCUCGCACGUGUUAGCAGACGACAAGUUUUGUAGCAGAAAGAGCAAGGUUGUAACUGGCGUGAAGAAGAACUAUAGCAAAUCAUGCAGCAGGAAGACCAGGUUGUUGAAGAAGAGUUAGUUGUGAAUGAAGAUGAUGAAGAGGAAUCACUAUUCCAGGACAUAGAUCUUCUGCAGAAUCAUGGAAUUAAUGUAGCUGACAUAAAGAAACUGAAGCAAGUGGGAAUAUGUACCAUAAAGGGAAUCCAAAUGACCACAAAGAAAAGACUUUGUGCUGUAAAAGGAAUUUCUGAAGCAAAAAUGGAAAAAAUCAAAGAAGCUGCAAAUAAGCUCUGUGAUCCAGGUUUUUUGACAGCUUUAGAGUAUUCAGAUAAAAGAAAAGCUGUCUUCAGAAUAACGACCGGAAGCAUAGAAUUAGAUAAACUUUGUGGAGGAGGAUUAGAAAGCAUGGCAAUCACUGAAGCUUUUGGUGAAUUCAGAACAGGCAAAACACAGCUGUCUCAUACAAUGUGUGUAACAGCACAGCUUCCAGGAGCCAAUGGAUAUACAGGGGGCAAAGUGGUUCUUAUUGAUACAGAGAAUACCUUUCGUCCUGACAGACUGAGAACCAUUGCAGACAGAUUUAACCUAGACCAGAGUGCUGUAUUAGAUAAUGUUAUUUAUGCCAGAGCUUAUACAAGUGAACAUCAGCAUGAGUUAUUAGAUUUUGUAGCUGCUAAAUUUUAUGAAGAACCAGGAGUUUUUAAACUUUUGAUAGUAGAUUCCAUUAUGGCUUUGUUCCGAGUUGACUUUAGUGGCAGAGGUGAACUAGCAGACAGACAACAGAAGCUAGCCCAAAUGUUAUCAAGACUUCAGAAAAUCUCAGAAGAGUAUAAUGUGGCAGUGUUUAUAACCAAUCAGAUGACUUCUGACCCAGGAGCAGCAUUAUCUUUUCAAGUUGAUCCAAAGAAACCUAUUGGUGGAAAUAUUUUAGCUCAUGCUUCAACCACUAGAAUAAGUUUACGUAAAGGAAGAGGAGAAACUAGGGUUGCUAAAAUAUAUGACAGUCCUGAUCUACCAGAAAAUGAAGCCACCUUUGCCAUUACUGCUGGAGGAAUUGCUGAUGCAAAGGAAUAAUGAUCUGUUCCAACCAUAACAAAUGUGACAAUGUGUACAUUACAGUCUUAUAACCAUAACAAAUGUGGCAAUGCGUACAUUACAGUCUUAUAACCAUAACAAAUGUGACAAUGUGUACAUUACAGUCUUAUAAACACUUUGCUCUUGUUUGAUUUAAUUGAAUACAAAUGAAAAAAGGUUAAAAGUGGUAAAUCUGUUAUCACAAAAGUUUGAUGUGUUCAAUGUCUCCUCUUUAUUUGUUGUCUGUUUAUGAUUAAUAAUAUAUUUAUUAUGCAAUUCUUCUUCUUUA